UGCCCAUCGGACGAAUCACUUCCACCAGAGCACCAUGAGCACCGCGUCGCUUACCUUCUAUAUGAUCAGUCUGUUCUUCAUCUGCGCCGUCAGUUUGAGUGCGGGCAUGCCAACCAGGAGACCCAUAUCGGAACUAUCCAUCCAGGAACGCGAGGAGCUGUACCGCCAAACACCUCCAGUUCCCGACGAGCGACUGGCCGACGCCGAAUUGGAUAGUGCCUAUGAAACGUUCAACCUGAGACCUCGAAAACCCACGGAAAACCCCGCUAGAAUGUAAACUGCAUCCGACUUGUGUA